AUGCGAGGUCAGAGUGCCUCCAGACCUGCUCGCACCCACUCUGCUCACAACGCGGAUGCGAUUCCUCCAGCCGUGGCCGCUCUACUGGCUGUUACCUCAAUCCCCCAGAUGCCCCAGCGUCGUCGCAAGCCCGCCAUGGCAGACAGGAGGAUAUCUAUGGAUGAGCUGAUACAAGAGUGGAAGCAAGACGACAGCGAUGCCCCGUCCUCUGUGGUGGGCUCGCCUCUGGAUUUGCUGCUCGGUCGUGUCGACGAGUCCGAAGAGGAAUACGGCAGUCUCCAGAGCAUGGAGCAAGACAAGCAUCUAUUCUCCACGUCGCGGUCAAUAUCUAGCGAAUCUCUGGCUACAAUUCCUCCUUCGCUAGACUACGACGACCCGUCCUUUUCUUCGCAUUGGGACAACAUCAGCACACCCGAUUCAAUAAGCCGCAAAUCACUACCCGAGCGCAAGGAGCGAGUAGUCUCCUCGCCGCCAAAAGAAGAUUGCGUCUUGGACCACCCGCUCCUCCAUUACGGUCCCGAAGAAUGCGAAGAUCUCAUUGCAACAGAUGUCAACGAGGUCGUCGACUCGCUUCCACCCACGAUAGAACGUUUCAAGUCUUUCAAGUCCAACCUAACUGCUUCACUCCAGGCACUCAAAUCCGCGGCCAAAUCCUUCUCCAACUUCACAGCUCCGAGCGUACCGCCUGAUGACUUCCUCACCCGAUCUUUGCUGGCACCCAAGUUUACGAGCGAAAUGCGACCCAAGCAUGUCGAAGGCCUGCCUUCUCCUGCUCUGCGACGAUACCUGAAUCCCCAUCCUGCGCCUAUCUCGCCUACCGAGCUAUCCAUGCAGCUACACGAUGCGCUCAUGAUCGACGCCGAUGCCGAGCCCCAUGCGCCGAUGAUCCAGAUGCAGACAUACGACCGACGUGGCCGCUCCAAGAGCCGCCGACGCACCUCGGAUCCCUUUUCCGAAGCUGGAAGGGCUCUGUCAACACCGCCUGCUGUCCGACAACGCGAGCCUCGCGAGAACUGCGACUUUUUGCGCGUUAUUGUGCUUGAAAUGAAUAUGCGGCGAGUCGGCAAGCUAGAUGCAAAGGCCGUCGGCAAGGCACGCAUCUGGCUACCGCCCAGGAAGCCCGGGCCUAGCAAGGCACCUGCCUUUCACAGCACAGUACCGGAUAGGUGGAUUGGAAUUGCGGCGCAAUGA